AGAGAGAUUUAAAGGAAUCUGGUCCAGUCUCUCAGUAACACAUGGAAUCUGCUGCUGAAGCCGAGAGGGAUUUAGGACAUGCUGCCGAGUAACCGCUAAAAGAUAACCAGGGACCAUGCUCACCGUGCCGUUUGAAGAGGCGGAGGCCGCGCGCGAGCUCCGAUUCGGCGCCUCCAACACGGGAUCAAAGGAGACCACAGAGGAGGAGGAGGAAGAUGAAGAGGAGCUGGACGGGAGGAGAGGACCCCGCCGGAGAAGAGGAGGAGGAGGUGGAGGAGGAGAGGGAGGAGGGGGGUCGUCCAGAGGCGGCACGGAGCGGUCGCGCGCCCGGCGCCAGGAGGCCAACGCGCGCGAGCGCUCGCGCAUGCACGGCCUGAACGACGCGCUGGAGAGCCUGCGGCGCGUGGUGCCGUGCCACUCCAAGACGCAGAAGCUGUCCAAGAUCGAGACACUGCGCCUGGCCAGGAACUACAUCCGGGCGCUGUCCGAGACGUUGCGCGCGGGCACGCGGCCCGACCUGCUGGCGUUUGCGCGCACAUUAUGCGCGGGCCUCUCGCAGCCCACCACCAACCUGGUGGCGGGGUGCCUGCAGCUGAACGCCGCGCGCUUCCUCGCGGAUCACGGCGGCGGGGGGAUAGGGGAAGGAGAAGCGCAGUACGAUGUGGCCUACGGGGCCACGCCCACCGGCCACGCCCACCACGCCGGCAGAAGUAGCAGUGUUGGAACCAUGGACAGCGGCAAACCGCUCCGGUCCACAUACGGGUACUGCUCCACGUCACCAUACGAGCACGGCGGCGGGUACGAGUUGGGCGGCUGUGGCCCCCGGCUGGAGCCUCCCCUCAGCUACGACGGCAUCUUCUCGUUCAGGACGCGCGAGCACGAGCACGCUGCCGCGGCGGCGGCCGCUGCUGCGGCGGCACGCGCCAAAGACUCUCCGUACACUCACAGUGGCGCGCUCACGCACUUUCCCUACGAGCUCCACGUGCAUCAGGCCUUCCAGAGCCAGGAGGAGCUCAACCAGAGCUACCACAGUUAGACCAGGAAUUAGGACUCAGUACUAACAUAUCUAUUCUUUGACCGUUCAAAAUGAACGAUUGAAAACAGAAAUGUAGAACAUUUGCUCAAUAAUCUCUUUGUACAGAACAUUUUUUAAAAGUGUGCAAUGUUACAAGAAAACAUAUCAGUUAAAGACAUUUAUUUGAUCAUCAAUCUAAAGAACAAAUGUUUUAACAUUUUAACAAACAGUUUUGCAAAAAAAAAAGGAAUUCAAAAUCUGCAGGAUGUAAAAUAAAAUAAAUAAUUGUGGAAUAUAGUCGCUGUCAAACCUUUUAUGUUUAAUCGUGCAUCUUCAAAGAAGCAACUUUACAUAUAUAUAUACAAUUUUUAUAAUUAUGGAAAAUUUAUCUUAUUGUUAACAAUAAUGAGCAACUCACAUUCCCAGUGGUGAACAACACUGAAAUGCAUUUGUGUAAAAUUGAGACACCCCAUCUCAAAUAAAAUGACAGCGACGAUAUUUUCCAUUUUUCAAGUUUUAGCAGUUAAAAAUUGACACCUUUUUAAUGUUAAAAACGAAAGAAGUAAGAAUUUGAAAAAAAAGCGUAUUACUUUAUUAUUUAUUUCCCGAAAGCCGAAUUAUUUACGUAAUUUAUGUAUGUCUUUGCUUUACAAUGUUUAUCUGUAAAUAGUGUUUAUUUAUACGACCUGUGAAUGCUCGCUAUUACGGCCUAAACUGGGGUCAGUUUCUGGUCGUUUACCGGUGGUUUGGUUCUGAAAAGAAAAUCCGAAUUCAGUUUUAGACGAGUUGAGUUAAGAAUUUAUUCAGCUUUGCUAAAAUCUGGAUCCUUUCAGCAAUAAAAGGAAUAAAAACAGGAGCUAUGCAACAAAAAUGAAGCUGCUCACGUGAAUGGAUUUGAUUUGAGCUCGUGUAAAUAUAAAUAUAGCUGGAUUGUUUCAAACGGGGUUUGGGUGGGUUUGAAAAAAAAUCACACAUUAAAGUGUAAAAACUGGUACAAUCACGAAUGUUGUGAAUAAAGUGAAACAGUGGAGGAGUUUCUUCUUUAUCUGAGUCUGAAUGAGAGAGAGAGAGAGAGAGAGAGAGAGAGAGACUGCGACUAUAAAAUACAUAAGUUCAUAAUAAAUUCUCAACGUAAUUGUUGAUGUUUUUUCUUUUUAUUGUUCAUUAUUUAUUAUUAAAAAUAAACACAAUUGAAUUAAAUUUGCGUAAAUAAUAACAUUUUGAAACCAACAAUGUAGGGAAGAAAACAAUGAUCAUGAAUUCAGACUAUUUGUUUUUAUUUUUUAAAUCAGAUUUUAAAUUCAACCCUACAGAUGAACUGAACAAUCUUUAACGCAAAUUUCAAACACAAUUAAAAAACACUUUUAAUAUUCAUUUUAACAUCCAUCUAUAACCCUCAGGUUAUGUUUUUAUCUCUUUAUUAAUUUAUUUAGAAGAUUGCAGUGUGUGGGUUUUCCACAGAAAGUUGAGAUCUCUUAGCUACACAAUUAAAAAAAUAUAUAUAUAAAGGUGAUUCAAGAGGUUAUUUGCGCUUUGUCGUACAAUACUAUAACUUUUUAAAGAUUUUUUUUAAAGAGAACAUAAACUGUGUUUUAUAAUGGAGACGAUGAAGUAUGAAAUCUUAAAUUAACAAAGAACAUUCAAAUCAAAAUCAAACACGUAUAAAAAACACAAACCGUUUCAAAAAUAUUUUUUGGACGAGCCAAAGGUUUUUUGUAGCGCCUUUAUUUUAAAGACUGUAAAACUCUUUUAAACGUUGUGUUUUCUGAAUAACUAAUACAAAUUAAAAAUGUUUUUAGUUGUUAGAUUUUUCAUAACGAGAUAAAUAGAGUGCAAACAAACUGCUUAUUGCUACUGUAAUUAAAACGUCUGAAAAAAAAUCCCGAAGACUCUUUGGAAGAGUCGGAUUAGCCUCUUGGAACUGGUCCAUCUGCAUUUAGUCCAAAAGCUAAUUCUAAAUAUUACAGCGUUUAAUGUUCAGUGGUUAAAUUAUUUAUGAAAAAUCAUUGAAGUUAAAGUCUCAACGUUUUCUUAUUGUUUUGUUGCACAAAAUGCGCAGAACCGCAUCAUCCCUAGUUCAGCCUAAACUCAAGUUCAGCUUAUUGCUUAAGGUUAAACUCUAUUCCAUAAUAGUAAUGCAUAGUUUAAAUACCCAUAAUAAAACUCCCGAAUUGUAGAUUUAGACCAGCGUUCAAGAAUCUCACCCUUAGCGGGACUCGCAAUUAAGCUUAAAAUAGAAAAAAGUUUGAGAUUAAUUUGAGUUUAAAAUAAAUGAAAAAUAUUGUGUUAUUGUGGCAUUUCCACGAAGAAUUAAAGAAGUUAUGCUAAUAAUAAUUAUAAUACUUAAUAAUUUGUGGUGUUAAUUCAUUUUUAUCCUCCACUACGGUCUAAGUGUGUAUGUGUGUGUGUGUGCGCGCGCGCCCUGAAAUGUUAAAAAAACGAGCAAAGAGUUUGCAGGAUCCUAAACCUCUCUGUAAUUUAUC